AUGUCGUUGGACGAACGACGGCGACGAAACAAAAUUGCGUCGGCAAGAUACCGCGCCAAAAAGCAGGAAAAGGUCAAAGCAAUGUCGUCCAAAGUCAAUCAGCUCAUGGCUGUCAACGCCAAUUUACAAAAGAGUCUUGAAAUUGUUAAACUGGAAAAUGGGGCUCUGCGAAGGCUUGUGCAAUCAUUGAUGGCGCAGAAAGAAGCAAGCACAAAACAUUUACCACAAUCUUAA